UUCAGGAAGAAGAAGAAGAAGAAGAAGAAGAAGAUGGAUGCCGCAGCAAUUUCUGGCAGCAGCAACAGGAGGAUUCCAUUUCCCAAAUUUUCUCCUAAUAGAAUGAAAUCUGCUGCAAUAACGGAAAAUUGUUCCACUUUUUCACCUCUUCUCAUAAAGUCAAUGGCUACCCAGAAACCAUUACCAUCAGCUGCCAAAACUGUUAGCUCCAGAAAGAACUCAACUGUGUUUCCCCUUGAUGAGCAAGGCCCAAGGAAUAGCCCCGUGGUAGCCUCUCCUCCAGUUAAGCUACUCACUAGGGUGGAGCAACUAAAGCUACUGAGCAAAGCUGAGAAAGCUGGGUUGCUAUCUGCAGCAGAGAAGUUUGGUCUUUCUUUAUCAACAAUAGAGAAACUGGGUCUCCUCUCUAAAGCAGAGGAAUUGGGUGUCCUCUCUGCAGCAACUGACCCUGGGACUCCAGGGGCUUUGUUAAGCCUUAGCUUGGGAUUGCUGCUUUUAGGUCCCUCUUGUGUUUAUCUUGUGCCUGAGGAUUACCCCUGGGAAGUUGCAUUGCAGGUUGUGGUUACUUUGCUUUCUGUGGUUGGGGGUUCUGCUUCCUUUGCUGCCUCAAAUUUUGUAUCCAACUUGCAGAAAUCAAACUAAAUUGGACAAGCCUUAUUUCUUUGUGUUUAAUGUUUAAUGUGAGUUUGCUGCUUUUUGAUCCUUUUGUUCUACAUUGUCUAAUAUCAACCUUUGCAAGGUUUUGCCCCCUUUAUAAAAUUGUACCGAGAAUUCAAUGACA